UUGCUCACAACGCGUCAUCUGUUGUGUUUACAAACAGCGAGUUACCUGAUUAGUGGAUUAUCCAUGGAGAAAUUAAAAUUUUGAAUAAAAAGCUGCAAGUUUCGUUUUUUCAUUAAACAGAUAAAGUUUUCCCGGUAGUUUGUUUCCUGUUGACAUAAAAUCGAUUAGUGUAAACAAUGGUAAAGGCUGUGGCAAAACCCAUUCGCACACCUCAAGUCAGUCAUAAGGUAACAGAUUUCUUUGCUGUCCGAAAAUCAAUUAGAAAAACAAAGAAGCAAGUGCUCAGGGAACAGCAAAGGACUUUAGAAGAGCUAAUAAGAAAUGAGGUGGAAGACGGACUGGAGUGUCGUUUUACUAAAGGGAAAGGAAGGGCAGUGUUUGCCACAAAAAACUUUGAAAAGGGAUCUUUCGUUGUCGAAUACAGUGGAGACUUUAUCAGUUUAACAGAAGCAAACUGCAGGGAAAAGCAAUAUGCUGAAGAUGAAACUACUGGCUGUUAUAUGUACUAUUUUAAAUAUAAUGAUCAAACAUUUUGUAUUGAUGCAACACAAGAAACAGGGAAACUAGGCAGAUUAGUAAACCAUUCAAGAACUAGCAGUAAUCUUUACACAAAAACCAUACUUGUGGAUGGUUUACCAAGGUUGGUAUUGCUUGCCAAAGAAAACAUUAAAAGGGGCCAAGAAUUACUUUAUGACUAUGGAGAUCGAAGCCGGGAGUCAAUAAAGUACCAUCCCUGGCUUAAGGACUGAAUAUACCAGCACCAAAUUAACUUUUAAGCUAUUUAUAAUAGAAAUUUAAGAUUGUAUGGUCAUAGUACGAAAAUUAUAUGGAAACAUCACUGGUUUUAAGUGAUAAGAAUGGCCUUUAAAUAAGUAUAAAAUUUGUGAGAAUAUAGUGUAAUUAACCUUAUUAACCCUAAGUUAUAUUAUUUGGUAGUUUUGUGACAUAUAUGGUUGUUAGUUUAUUAAACGGUUGCUGCUUAUA